UAUGACGACACCAGAGAUAUCACGUGACACAAGUGUCUGGAAAUGCGUGUGGCUGAGGCACUCCGGCUGUCGGUCGAUACAACAAAAACAGGAAGUGUGUCGCCAGUUCUUAGUACAUGAAGAUGGAGUGCUUGCUCACAGACUUCAGAGUGAAGAAAUUGAAAUGCAUUAUGGGAAAAACAAGCUUAAUAACCAGCUAGUACGUUCUGAUAUUCAGCAAGCCAAAACCCUUCAGCAAGUCGAAGAAGAGGAAUCUCUGAAGAAGCAGCUAGCCUAUGAAAGAAUGAUUUUGGAACAAGAGGCUCAAGAUGCAAGGGUUGCCGAGGAACUUCAAGAACGUAUGAAGAUGGAAGAACUUCAACAGCAGAGAGUCCUCGAAACUGAAGAUGAGGUGCGUUAUAAUUCUAAUCUAUCUUCCUCUCUUGAAGACAGAGAUGUGCCUCGAAUGGAGAGAGAUACCGACUUUUCAGACUUUUGUCUCCAGCCCCCUCCAGACCUUACAGAAGUAGAACUUCGCAGGUUUCAGGAAGAACAAGAUGAAGAGCUAGCAAGACUGCUACAGGAGCAAGAAUCUAAGGUGAGUCUGACAGGGAAGUACCUUGAUGAUCAGGCUUCAAACUUUGAUCUUUUACCUCAUGAGGUCACAAACAUAGCAACUGUUAUCGACCCAACGUACAACAGACGAAGACUUCCGGGAAGUGAAACUCAUCGUUCAAAUAGUUACGGAAGCUUACCUGCAACUAGUCCAUUACAAUCACCAGUCAGAUCUCCAACGCAGUCUGCGGGUGCUUCUCCUGUGGACAGUGGAGUAACCGAUGGUUACUGUGACAGUGGGGACGACGAAGACGGCGCAGUACCACCGUACAUGCCUAUCCAAGGACAGCGACGUACAAUGUCUUUAGAAAAGGACAAGGGUAAAAAGAUUAAACAGAAAAAUGGUUGUAAAACACAGUAAUUCUAAUUACAGAAAGAACCAAUCGCAUAACUCGUCACCAGCUUUGUCCGACACGUGGGACACUUGCAUAGUCCUCACAAUUUAGACAGGCCUGUACUGAAAUGUUUCCACCACAGAUAGAUGCAGCAUAUAUUUUUGUACGUGACAUAAAUUUUGAUUAAGCUUUAGUAGUUCUCUCUCUCUCUGGAAGCUAAUAGCAUGAAACCAAUGUUAGAAUAAAAAUGAUAAUUAAUAUUAUUAGAUCUGAUGACACUUCGGUGCCACUGCACAAGUUUUAUAGGUAUAUGCUUAUGAACUCACUCAAUUUUAUAAGUGUGAGUUGAUGAACUCACUAGUCUGAGUUUUUUUUUUUAUCUCAGUGUGGGGAACACCAAAUGACUAAUGUACAGAGAGAACAUAGAAGUGUGGUUCGUUUUUUUUUUUUUAUAUCGCAGCUCUUGUUAACUAUUUUUAAGUUGGAGAAAUGUUUUUUUCUUCACAUGUCUAAAAACACUUUUUUUUUGUUUGCCUAAAUAUUUUGUUUGUCAUUAAGUACUUGUCCCACAGUGGGUCAGUGGUAAGUCUUAAAACACUAAAAUCCAUGGUUUGAUUCCCUGUAGUGUGUAGAUAGCUUUAUGCUAAAAACCAAUUAAUGAUUAUGAAAUAUUUACAGCUUUCACUAGCUAUUCCAAUAAGGUGGUGCACAUGCUGAUCACAGAACUCUGACAGAAAUUGCAUUGCUUUUUAGAAAGUACUGACAUGAGGUGGCUUUACUACCAGUUUGCUUUUUCUCGGUAGCUUUAUUGUGUAAGUAAUCACAAGAGGGUUUAUUGUAUGUUGUUGUUCUUCAGAGUCUGCUAUUUUUGUUUUAAAACAUUCUUGACGUUGUCAACAUGGUGACAGAGAUGAAUGUUUUAGUUGACUGUCUAUAGCUUAACGUGAACCUUGUGCUUUGGUAUACUACUUAUCUGCAUUGUAUUUUUUGAAUAUCAGUAUUUUUCUUACUUUAGUUGUUUUGGAGAGGUUUUUUUAAUCCCUUGUUUUUUUUACCAUCCAUGUCAUUAUUAAUUCAAAAUAUGCCAGAUAAUGAUAAAUUUUGAGUGAUAUAUAUAUUUAUUUUAUGAUUCAGUUUUUUGUAAUACAUCAUUUUCAGUUGUCUCAACCAAGUAUAUUUUAGUAUAUAGAAAUGAAGAGUUUAUUUGAUGGUAUAUGUACAUUUAGUUUAUUACUUUGUCCAUAAAAAGAAAGUCUGUGACUAAGCUAGGUAUUUUUUAUUAAUUCAGUUUUCAGCUCCAAUGAAUAGAUAUACAUGUACAAAAGUUGAUGUUUACUUAAAAUAUGUUACAGCAUAAUUUGGAAGAUUUUUGUUUUAUAGUAGAAAGCGCCGUGCAACAAGAAACUUGCUUACUUCACACGGUGAAACAUUUUGUCCGACUGCAGCAGUUUCGUUAUUGUAAAAUAUAAAAGAAACUUGCUUCAAGAUCUUGUUUAAACUUUAUUCUUACUUCAAUCGAUCUAGUGAAACUUGUGCAUGGAUUUGAAUACCAUAAUAUAUUUUCCCUUUACCAAUAUUCUUGCAAAUGGGUCAGAUGUGAAAGUAACAUGAACACUUUAAAUCAUAGGCACAAUUAAAAGCAACAAUUAAUCCUAUUAUUCUUUUCAAAGAGCUGCACAGAUAUCCCUUGUGAUGCUUGCCCUCUGGUCAGUAACUAAAUUAGGGAUACCUGAACUCUAGGAGUUUCUGACAUGGCUGUUAAGCCCAAUAAGUAUUUAUUUUAUUGUGCAUGAUAAUGGACACCUUGCUUAACAGGGUAUAUUACCAUUCUGUACUUUAUUGUUAGUCAGAGAACUGUGAAUGAAUUUUUUUUUUAAUAUAAUGUAAGUCAAUAUUUUUCAGUUUCUAUACAGUGAAGUCUAACUUACCAAAGAAGCUUGAGAGCAAACAACCAUUAUUAGACUAGAUACUGGUUAUUUUGCUUAGAAUGCCUCAAUAUUAUAAAACUUGUUUAAAAAUUUUACUAAUCG